CAAGCAAACAGUACGCGAGGGAUGACGCAGAAUGUAACCGGAAGGAAGGGCUACAUAAAGAUACAUGCUUGCAUUAAAGUCAAAUUUAUCACUCAAGAAAUCACUUUUAUAUUAAAACGUAAUAUUUGGUCUGAUUUUGAACCCCAUUAACGGCUUUAUUUAUGCUAUUUUAUUGACGGACAUUAUGGGUGAUUAUCGAACGUGGUGUGCUUUAGUUGCUAUUAGAAUCUUGUGGUGUAUCCUGCUACAGACUGGUUACAUUCAUCCUGAUGAAUUCUUUCAGAACACUGAGCCUAUGGCAGGGGAUGCAUUUGGCUAUAAGGUGAGGAAGCCAUGGGAGUUCAACUCAACAUUUCCCUGCCGUUCAGUGGUCCUUCCCUACAUUACAAGUGGAAUAGUCUUCAAAAUGCUGAAUCUCUUGAAUGAACAAGGCCUCAUCACUAUCACCUCAGCUAUGCUAGUUGUCCUGCCAAGACUGAUCAUGACACUAAUGUCAUUGAUAAUGGACUAUUCCAUUUAUAAAAUGUGUAAUAUCCUUAAUUUCAGUGCCACCACAUGCUUGACUAUUUUCGCAAGUUCCUUCGUGACACUGGUAUUCUACACGCGCACUAUGUCAAACAGCUUGGAAGCAAUUCUCUUUUCUGUCCUACUCGCACUCGUGAUAGACACACGAAAAACAUAUUUUGUUGGACAUGAAAAGUCUGAUUUAAAUGAAGAGGGUGAAGGGGAUAAGGAAGAUGAAAAUACUCAGCAAAAAAGAGAUGAGAUAAUACCAGAUGAUAGUAACAAAUGUUUUUAUAUUUCUGUAAUACUUAUUGCAGGCUUCUUUAACAGACCAACUUUUGUAAUUUUUGCUGUAGUUCCGAUGUUAUUCUGGCUUGCUGUUGAUGCAACAAACAAGAGCUGUAAUUUGCUCUCUAACAUGUUGACAAAUGGAGUUAAACUUCUCCCAGGCGUGGUGCUUAGCAUCAUAAUUUUCGUAGUUGCUGACUCCCGCUACUACGGGACCCUUGAUACCUCAUCGAUUUGCUGUAUACAUAGCUUUGUGGAUUUUUUAAGUUCAAAUUUCAUCCAGAAUUUAACAGUGACACCAUUAAACUUUCUUCAAUAUAACUUAGAUAGUUCGAAUCUUGAAGAACACGGGUUACACCCUCAUAUAACCCACAUACUGGUCAAUUCCCCCCUGUUGUUUCUCCCUCUCUUGGUCUGCUUUGCUUCUGAAAUCACUGCUUUUAUUCUGGGGGUUGACUCCGGUUGGGGGCAGACAUCAAUAGCCCCUAUUCGGGGGUUUUUCCAGUUAAGCUUUUUCACCCCUCUGCUCCUGCUCUCAUUUUUUCCUCACCAAGAGCCUAGGUUUCUUAUUCCACUGCUUGUCCCACUUGUUUUGUUAUAUUCAAAGUUAGUCAUGUCCCCUGAUACCUUUGAGCCAAACAUGCCGUGGAUUGUUUGGAAUCUUUUGGCAUGUCUUAUUUUUGGUGUCUUACAUCAAGGUGGCUUGAUCCCUUGCUUAGGACACCUUAACAACAUAGUCUCCAAACCUGUCGCUAAUAACCAACCUGUGCACUAUCAUAUUAUGUUUUAUCACACGUACAUGCCUCCUGAACACCUUCUAGCCUGGAGAGAGCCUAAAUUUGAUGAUACAAACAAUUUUGAGGCUGAGAAACUGUCAAACAUUUUGAGCGUGUAUGAUUUGGCAGGCGCUGAUCGUAUGACCAUGCACAACAUUGUAGAAAAACUUUUUGAAGAAGUUGAAAUUUAUAAACCUUAUGAAAAGGAGGUUUACAUUGCAAGUCCAUCGUCUUUGGAUCAUCAGUUUUGUCGAAAACACAUCAAAUUUAAUUUUGAGCUCCAGAAGCAAUUUACCCCGCACAUAAGUACAGAAGAUCUGCCAGAGUUGUUUCCUACAUACAACUGCGUGCAUGAUCCCAAACGAAGCUAUGUAAAUUUAACAUCCAUAGGUAAAGUUCAAGCCAGGUUUAGCUUAAAUUUAUACAGGGUAGUUCCUGGUAGGUGAGUAAAAGGGGUUGGGGAAAUGUUUCAAAAUACCAGGAUUGGUAAUAGUCAUCACUGACUGGGAUAAUUGUUGACAUACUUAGUGGUGCAAUGGUUUGCAAGUCAGGCUCGUAACAAUGGGGUCAGUGGUUCAAAUCCCACCGUCAUCUCUCUUUGGGAAUGCACUUUGUACACAUAUUUUAUUUCGCCUCACCUCACCUCACCAUGUUUUUCUACUGCAUGCGCAACCCAAAGGUAUAAAUAAGUCAACCUAGAAAGUUUGGCCGAGGCCUACUAAGGAAAAGAAUGUUGUAUUGAAUACAUUCUAUAGUAUGUACACUGAAUAUCCAUGCAUUGAUGAGGUCGUUAAUGUGUAAAAAUCAUUUGUCAGGUCAGUGUUGGAUGCACAUUGGAGGAAAAGUGAGAGGGCUUGGGCUGCAAUGCCUGCAUAAAUUGCAAACUCUAGAAUGGCCCCUGGACUACGUAUCUCACACCAAAAUCGUCCCCUUUCAUCUGGUUACAAUGCUUCUCCUCAAUUUUAUAUUUCAAUUUGGUGUGUGAGCAAUUAUUUAAAGUUGUAAAGUUGUUUUUUCUCCAGCAAUAAUGUGAAGAAUUAACCAAAUAUUUCUUAAUAUGGCUAAAUUUUUUUUCUAUAAUUUAAUAAUGUUUCCAUCAGGUUAUUUAUACAGAGUUAAACAAGAGACAAGACUAGUUUUAUUGAAGCAGUUCAGCAAAUUGUAUUCGAUUGUACAGUACUGUUUUCUUUCAUGGUGUUGUGGUAAUAAGGAUAAACAUUGAUUAGUUUGUUAUUUAAACGUUACUACCUGGGUACGCAUUUGUAAUACGUUGAGCCACGCACAGCCUCACACACUGACAAUCUGCUGACAACUUUGUGUCACCAAGAGCAGAUAAGAAUUUACAUAUAUUUACUUUUACUCUUUGAAUUAGCUUUGAAGUGAGACAUUUAUGUUGCAUACCAUAAAUGCUUGAAUAAGUGCUGCACCCACUCUUGAAUAAGCGCAGCGGCACUUAUUCGAGUUAAUAAGCAUCUGUGUGCAAUCAAACACCCUAAAAACAGGGUAAUAUAUAAAAUGUAGCCUAUCCAGUGUUUAAGUGAUUAAAUAACACAAUGAAGAAACAAGCAUAUCUUUAUAAACGUUUAUUUAUGAGGAUAUAGGGUGUAUGAUAUGCCUACCAAACUACGGGAACACACAAGAUAGGUAACAUGGGAAUAGGCAUGGAAAGGCCACGCCAAUGUUUUUUUAAAUAAGCGCCGCUCUCGAAUAAGCACCGCACUAAAGCCGCCAAGAAUUUUAUAAGCGCUGCAGCGUUUAUUCGGGCAUUUACGGUACUUGUGUUGUAAAAUUACAAAAAAAAAAAGCCAUUUGUAAACAUUUUACCAUACUUUUUAUUUAUACUGUUAAAUUAUAAAUAUAUUUUUAGUUAAGAAUAUUGGUAGAUGGUUUUAUGAGCUUGACAUUUUUGAAUUGUUAUAAUUUUUUUAGUACUGUAUUUAAUUUUUAUAGAGGUCUCCCUCCAAUUAAAGACCACUUUUGGGACUGUGGUUUCCAUGGGCUUUAGCAGCUUUGGUCUCUAAUUGGAAUGAUAAGACAUUUGUUAGAUUGGGACCACAGAAAACUGGUCUUUAAUUGGAGGUAAUCUGUAAUUGGAUUGGAUUUGAUUAGAGGGAGACCUGUAUUUUGGAGACCUGUACAGUAUCAAGAUACUGUUCCCAACGGCUUAUAUGAGCCAUAGAGUGAAGCUGUUGUGAGGAUUUGAACCCAGGAAGUACAAAGCAAUAUUAAUCACCAAUCACAGAUUCACUCCAUAUAAAGAAAUAAACCAUUUACCAGUUUGGUUCAUAAUUCCUACUUAUACUAGAGCGUAGUAAUUGGUUUAUAGGAGAGGCUUAGUAGUAAGAUAUCCAGUGGUCCUGGGCAUACAAUUCAAUGAAAGUCCUGCGCCUCAUGAGACUUGGUUUAUAAAGCAUCAUUUUCCAUCCUGCCAGUUGUGAAAAAGCCAAUGAUACUGGAUUGGAUGAGAAUGAAAAUAAAUCACUUGUGUAGUUGCAAAUCCUUGUCAUUUGAUUGGUGGAUUAAUAUCACAUGACAUUGGGUAUUUAUCACAUUUAACACAGUAGUGAACUAUUUCUUUUCUUGAUUUGCACCAUUCUUUAUGUAAUUUGAUUCCAGUUCCUUACAUGCCUCCACCUAAUACAAUGUUUUUAUUCUUUGAAAGAUAGACUGUUCAAUUCACAAAGGUUUUUUUU